CCUCCUCCCUGUUUUGUCCCUCCAAAUUCCAGACUGACUCAUUCAGACUCUUUAUGCUUGUCCGACACAGGACUUUUCAUCAGUCAUGGCUCGGAUUUCUUUACCUGUGUUAUUACUGCUGCUGUGCACGGCUGCCAAUUCUGAGGUGAAUCUGGUCAGACACAAACGAGUUUGGCUCCCUCCUCCAAAGGAACUUACAGAGAAUGUGGACUAUAGAGGACAGGUUAAGGCCAAGAUUUUUUCAGAUUUGAUGAUCGCUGGAAAUAUCUACUACUCCCUAGAAGGUGCUGGUGCAAGUGAAUAUCCCUUCAACGUGUUUAGAGUUGAUUCUAAAACCGGAGAUAUUCGUGUGAAUGCCAUACUGGACAGAGAGGUCCAUAGCAUGUACAAUCUAUCCGGUGUGGCGAGGUACAAAAAUGGGACACUGGCAGAACGUGAUGUAAGCAUCCGAUUUAAGGUUAUAGAUGAGAACGACAACGCUCCAGUAUUUGGUGUCAUCAAUCCUGUGACGGUGAAUGAGGAAAGUCCAGUAGGUACCACAGUGAUGAAAAUCACUGCAACUGAUGCUGAUGAACCAAAUAAUAAGAACUCAAAGAUUGCUUACACAAUUGUAGAACAGAAACCACCUGAGGAUAUGUUCUCUAAACGAGAUGGAACCAUCGUUCUCAAAGGUCCUGACUUAGACAGAGAGAAAACAGAUCAGUACGUUCUGAUAGUGAAAGGUCCAGACUUAGACGGUGACCCCAAAGGAAACACCGGAACUGGAACUGUUACCAUCAACAUCCGAGAUGUGAAUGACAAUCCUCCAACUCUGGAAAAAGAAGAGUACGAUGGCAGUAUCGAGGAGAACACACAUGGCGUUGAGGUGAUGAGACUCAAAGCAGAGGAUCUGGAUCUGAAGGGAACGCCCAACUGGGAAGCUGUAUUUGAUAUCGUCAAGGGCAACGAGGCCGGGUACUUCAGCAUCAAGACGGACCCCAAAACCAAUGAGGGCAUCCUAAUACUGAAAAGGUAUCCUGUGGACUAUGAAGAUGUGAAGGACUUAGACCUUGGUAUAACUGUGAGUAACGUGGCUCCACCCCAUGAUGGAUCUCCAGUCGUAAGUGGAGCUGGGAUUGGUUUUGGAGGAGGUGCAGGUGGAGGAGGAGGUGGAGGUGGUGCAGGUGGAGGAGGUGGUGCAGGUGGAGGGGGAGGUGCACCGGGAACAGGAGGUGGACCUGGAACAGGAGGUGGACCUGGUACAGGAGGUGGACCUGGAACAGGAGGUGGACCUGGUACAGGAGGUGGAUCUGGUACAGGAGGUGGACCUGGAACAGGAGGUGGACCUGGAACAGGAGGUGGAUCUGGAACAGGAGGUGGACCUGGUACAGGAGGUAGACCUGGAACAGGUGGUGGACCUGGAAUUCCAGUUGGGCCCGGAGGGACCCCACUUAAAACCUACCCAGUCAAAAUAAAUGUGAAGAACCAGCCUGAAGGGCCACGUUUUGAACCUGCAGUCAAAGCUAUUCCAAUCUCUGAGGGAGGAGACACUGAAGUUCAUGACGUUAUUGCAAAUUACCCUGCGAUUGAUGGAGAUACCGGGAAACCAGCUGAGAAAGUCCAGUACGUAAAGGGCUUGGACCCUGCCAACUGGCUGAUCAUCGACCCAAACACAGCUGAGAUCAAACUGAACAAAAAACCUGACAGAGAGUCUCCAUACCUGGUCAACGGGACUUACACCGCUCAAAUACUCUGUAUCUCACAAGACAUGCCCGGUAAAACAGCCACCGGUACCAUAGCGAUACAGGUCGAGGACUUUAAUGACCACUGCCCCACCCUGACCAGUAGCAUCCAGAGUAUUUGUACCACGGAAGACGCCAUUAUUGUAAACGCUAAGGAUGAGGAUGAUUUCCCUAACGGAGCUCCUUUCCACUUUACCGUCAUCCCAGAGAGAACUCAGGGCAAAUGGCAGGCGGAACAUCUUAAUGACACGGCUGCUAUCCUGAGGGUCCAUGAGAAGUUGUGGCCAGGAGAAUACGAAGUGGUAUUUGAGGUGACAGACAUGCAAGGACUAAGCUGUCCUGAACCGCAGAAAGUGAAGGUUCCGGUCUGUACCUGUGAGGACGGGGUGAAGUGUGGCAAAAAGGGGGGUCUGGGACAGUCCACCAAAAGCACCCAGCUAGGACCCGCAGGCAUCGGAAUGCUGUUCCUGGGACUGCUGCUGUUACUGCUCAUCCCUCUGUUGGCGCUCUUCUGCGGCUGUGGAGGACCUUUGGGUCUGUCGGGCUUUGCUGAGAUACCUUUUGACACAAAGUCACAUCUCAUUAACUACCACACUGAAGGCCAGGGAGAGAAUACGGCGGUGCCACUAGUUAAUAUGCCAACACAUGUGGAUGGAAAUCUGGAAAUGGGCAUGGCAAGCAAAGUGUUAGGAGCUCCAGUGGAAUUCCAGAAUUCUGUUGCUUCCAUGGACGCAAUGAAUGGAAUCCAGCAAGGUUUUGGAAGUGCCUACAGGGAGGGGACAUGGGGGAGGAUGGGAAGCAGUCGAGCUGUUUUCUCUGAGUUUGGAGGCACUGAAUCAAGAGGAAUGUUUGACGACAUAGCUCUGCCAGAUGAAUUUCUGGAGCAAUACUACAACCAGAAGUUGAGUGGACAAGAAAACCUUGGAGUGAAGGACAGUCUCUUGGUGUAUGACUAUGAGGGCCAGGGCUCCUCUGCUGGCUCAGUGGGCUGCUGCAGCAGCCUGGGCACCGACAACGACCUGCAGUUCCUCAAUGAUCUCGGACCAAAGUUUAAGACUCUGGCUGAGGUGUGCGGUGGCAAGAAGAUCUCAACUGAAGUCAAACCAGUGAUCACUCCUCUGUCCAAUGCCUCUGUCAACACUGAGAUCAAACCAGUGAUCCCUCCAAUAUCCAGAGAAACCAUAAACACUGUGAUCAAACCAGUAAUCCCCCCUCUGCCCACUGCCUCCAUCAACACUCAAACUUCAGUGUCCAAUGUGGUUUCCACCCAACAGCUGCCCCCUCCAGCCAAGCCUCAGCCGAUGGUUUCUAAAACAGAGCAGACCGUGGUCAAGGAGACAUCUAAGAUCAUGAAGAAUGGCACAGCUACAGCGAGAGAUGGAAUGGCUAAAGUGAAGGGAGGCAUGGCAAACCAAGGCCAAGUGCUAAUGCUGCAGCAGCAGCAGCCUGUCUACUACACCACCACCCCUAUGCUGCAGCCCAUGCACUAUGUAGUCCAGCCACAGGUUCCAAACACUGUGCUUUUGGCUGAUGCACCAGCCUCCAGUCUUCAGGGAAUGGUGCUGGUUAAUGGUGCGGGGACCAUCCCUACACAAGGUCUCGUUGUCCAGGGUCAGACAAUGAUGGCCACCGGACAAGCUCCAGGGCCCAGCAUGGUGUUGGUUGACAGCAGUGGAGGCCAAGGGCUUGGGACCAACCUGGUCCAUGCUGGUAGCCUCUCUGGUCCCCAGGCUAUGAUGGUCAUGGAUGGAGCAGUCCCAUCAGGCUCCAAACAAUCAGUGAAGGGUGGUCAGACGCUCCUCGUGCAGGGAGGAACUUUACAGUCAGGGGGACUUGCAGGAACUCAGAGAGUUCUGGUGGUUGGAGGACCAGCAAGCAGCACAGGGCAACUGGUCCAGGAGGUAGGAGGUCUGAAGAAGGAUUUAUCAGGCUCUCAAAAGGCCCUCCACCGUAAGAGCAGUACGUCCACAGGCUCUACCACCAAACUGAGCACAGCCCCCACCUACAAUAAAGUGGUAGUGCAAGAGAAUUCACUGAGCUGUGAUAACGAAAAUUUUUUAACACAGUUCAAACAUCUGGCAAUGAUUAAGUAUUUUUAUGAGACUUUCUACAUGUCUGUACAUGUCUGUUUGUUGGUGGGGGGGCUGACUUCUAUGGACUUGAAUAGCGUAUACACACUAAAAUGCUUGAAACUUGUUGUGGUUGUAACCUCGUUUGGAAACGAAUAUUUUCAAGUUUUUACAUCAAAAUAACUAUUAAGCUUGUCUUUGAUUUAGGCAAAUUAACUUUGGGCAUGAGGAAUUCCUUUCUGAAAAGGAUCCAAUUACAGUUGGACGGCCCAAAGUAGUCAGUUCAGUCCUGGUAUAGAAUCCGUCUCCACAUGUCUCAAAUGAUCUUUCAUGGCUGGACCUCCCUUUCAUGCACUAUAUUCAAAUAAACAGCUAAUCCAAUAGCCUAAACCGUCACACUUUUCCCCAAGGGAUCUUGGAUAUGGUGCAAGCUGUUGAGUUUAAUAAUAUUGUUUUUUAAUGUGUCUUUGCAAAUGCAUUACAAAAGAAACCAUCAGAUGAGCCUUCUGAUCUUUCACUGUAUGAGUUGCUGAUGUGAAUAGGUCAGUAUACUUUAAAUGCAACUAUGACCAUUACUUUGUUUUGUUUUUUUUACCAGGUCUUUAUCUUUCUCUCUGAAAAUAAAUAUGAAUUUCAACCAGAUUGUGGGCAUAAAAAAUGGUGCUGUAUCUUUAAGAUUAGUUCAGGCAGAACAGAACUAAUAAUGCACUGGUAAUAUCCCAGUCCUCAGUGUGUCUUGGGUGUGUGCUCACACCAGAUAUGAAGCUGGGUAUACACUGUGUGAUCUUGGACAAAAGUUGGCCAACAUGAAACACAUGGCAGUAUCUUUGGUCACUGCGUGAAAAUGGUGGUCCAUGUACCACUGUGAAAGAGUCCAAAGUGAGGCCUCGUUCUGGUUUUGUACCCAAAAGUGGCCUGGGACAAAUAUUUGACAAAAAAAAUUUAGGAUUACCUUCUCACUGUUGAUCGACUACUACAACAUACUAUUGAGCUGGUAGGACACAUCAUGAAAUAAUGCACUGAUUAGUUCAAUACACGCAUACAUGUGUGCUGAAAUUACUUUCCCCAAGUCCUUUUUACUGAAUUGACAUCAAAGUCGCUCUCUUUCUGAGCCACAUCUGGGUCAACAUUCCCGUCCUCCUCAUCAUCUAUGGAUUUUUUCCAUACACAAAUAUGUUGCUACUGUAAUGUGUGAUUAAAUUCAUGGCUUACCACUAUAUGCUGAUAUUUUAUUCUUAUUUAUUGACUUGCCAUACAAUAUGCUUCAUAUUCUCAUUGGUGCCUUCAGAGCUGUCCCCUUAUUAUUGGAUCGCUAAAAGCACAGCCAAACACGGGCCUUGGUUUAUUCAAUCCUAGCAAAGCUAAUGUCUUGUACUUCAUAUAAAAUAAAUAUAGGUUGUUUUCCCCUAGCAAGGUUACACAUUUCGCUUUAUGAUUAGCUUGUUAAUGUUUUCAUACUGAACAUUUCCCAUUAACUCCAUUCUAGUGUAUGAGAUGUGCGUUCUGUUAUGUCUUUGUUACAAAAUCUGCAACUGGAAUUAGUUUCAUCCAGACUGUUAUAAAUGUGCAGACUGAGGCUAAUCUGUGGAUUAUAAAGGGAUUAGUUUUCCAUUUAGCUUCAGGUUAAAAUGAAUGACUAAGUGAUAUUUAGAUCUGUGCCUUUUCUCAUGACAGUACCAUUCAUGUGUCAGUGACACAUCACCGUGUGACUCACUGCAUUUAAUUAAUUCAGUUUGGUUAUAUUUUAAAUUAUUAUGGCAAAUGGCAAAUGGUUUAUAUAAUAUAAAGCAUUAUUUGAUUACGUUCACUUGGUGUUAUUUAGCUCUGACUUGGUACAACUCUUGGCUUUACAAUAAUGCAGCACGUUAGUCACAGAGCCAGGUUACAUAAUUAGUAGAAUUGUGGUUUGAACGACUUAAUGAGCUUUCAUAUUUCAAUUUUGAUUGUAAUUGCACGCAUGUGGUUUGGGAGUAAUCCUGCGUGACAUGGGUGUACGAUUGAACUUGCAAUGCUGUCAAAUCUUGGUUUUAGGAAAUAUACAUGUCCUUAUGCUAAUACUGUUACAAUACAGGCACUUUAAAAUAACAGUUAUGAUAUGCUCCUGUAGCUUUCAGAGCAGCUGAGCAAUAAGACACACGUGCAAUAGGAACAUAUGCCCAUAUUCAUAUAGAAAUAUCUUAUAAUGACCACACAUAUGCAUUUGUCAGUCUCUGUUUUAAAAUACAGUUUGGAUAAAAGGGAAGUCUGUGCAGCAGUAAAAACAAAAGUUUCAGGGAAUGAACAGCUUCUGUAAACCGAAGUAUUUAAUGUGAGCUCCUUUUGCACUAAACAUGUCUGACUAUUUUUGUUCAGACAAUAUGAACAUUAUUUUUCAGUUGUUUCAGACCAGGUUUCAUGCAACACAUGUCAGAUGUUUCUGAUUGUUUGUGCUGUUUGUUGUCAUGGGGUCAGGGGUCACAUUAAAUACUGACUUUAACCUUGAGAACCCAUUUAGUUCAGUUUUGGUAUAUCUUUUAAGGCUGUGCACAUAUUCCCUGUAUCUGAAGGAAAAACGAAUGAGAAAUAAUAUGUAAGGUCAUUUCAACCCUACAAAAACUACAAACCUAUAGGUGACCUAAGACGUGUUCACUGCAGUGUUCUUUUUUUCUUUCUUUUUUUCUGUCGGUAACAUGGUCCCAGUUUGGUUUGAUCUCUCUUGGGUAAUUUACCAGUAUAUACAAUAGUAAUUUAACUCACUAUUUUAUGGUUUAACAGAGUUGAACAUUUUAUACACAAAAAAACAAACAAAAAUCCUGAAUGUAUAACUCUUCUUUUCAUAUAUUUGUUUACUUUUGUGAUAUUGGUUCUCAGGAAUGUUUAAUGUAAAGCAUGUAUCUCAUCCUUUACUUAAAUAAAACUCUUUUUGUAC